UCGUCCUAUGCUUUUAAUUGUUUUGAAGCUGUUCACUUAUACGCUGCACCUCUCUGUCUCUCCCUUCCUCCUCCAUUGAAGCCUGCUCUGAGCACUCCAUUGAAGCAGCUUCUGAGAUUUCCUUCCUCCAUUGAAGAAGCUCCUGAGCUGAUAUUCUUAAGCGAGAAGAAUAUAUGUGAUUUUUCGAGCCUAAUUUGACUAUUAAGUCAAAUUUGGUUGCUAAAGUGUUGCAUUAUUCGUGUUUGAUCGAGUUCACGAGCUGAGCUCAGGGGCGGAGCUAGUGGGGGAAAAGAAAACUGAACUCUGAAAAGUGAAACCUAACUUUCCUCUUUCCUCUCUCUUCGAAGUUCGAAGUUCGAAAAUCCUCUGCCAGUCCGCCGCUCUCGCUCGUCGGCUCCACUCCCGGCACUCCGUCCCUCCGUCCGUCGAGUCGCCGCCGUCGCUGCUUCGUGAUUCACUGCUUCGCCCGUUCGUCGGCUCGUCGCUGGACUCGCUGCUCUCCAUUCGACUUCGCUCACUUCGCUAAAUCGCUAGACCCAAUUCACGAUAGAAGGAGAAAAUGAAGCCAGUGGUGGGGGUGGUGGUCUCAAACAAGAUGCAGAAAUCGGUGGUGGUGGCAGUUGACCGUCUUUUCCAUCAUAAGCUCUUCAAUCGGUAUGUUAAAAGAACUAGCAAAUUCAUGGCCCACGAUGAGCAAAACGAGUGCAACAUUGGUGACCGGGUUCGACUGGAUCCCUCAAGGCCGCUCAGUAAGCGAAAAAAUUGGACUGUAGCUGAGAUUCUGAAGAAAGCACGGAUAUAUACACCACCACCAUCAGCAGGCAAAUUUCCUCAAUCAAACAGCAAUACUGAAGCUUUCUCAAUUCCUUCUGCAUAAUCUUUUCAACCUUGUUUGUUUGGAUCAGUGGUCUUGAGAGCAUUUCUAGGCAAUAGGGCUGUACUUGGAAGUCACAAAGAAGCAGAUUGUGCUCUCUAUAUUUUUAUUCCUUAGAGAAGUGCCUUUAAUUCUUUCAGCAGCAGCUAGGUUUUUCAGUCUUUGAUCCAAUUUUAGUAGUUCAACCUUGCGUACAUCGUAUUAGUAGGACCUAUAUCUUUUGUGCUUUUAAUGAAUUUGUUUUGAGCUCACAAGUGCGAUUUUCCGAUUCUCUCUAGAUAUGAACAGAGCAACAAGUAUGUUGUAUCAGAAUAAAUAAUUAAGUUAUCCUUAAUUAGAUAAGGAUUUGAUUGUU